CAAGGUUUGCGAACCCAUGUUGCCGAUUCUUUUCUGCUACAGAACAACUUCCUUGGUACAAACAAAAAGACCUGUGUUUAAUUUUCAUUGAAAGUGGUAGCACCUGAAAAGGAAUCUGAAAGGAAACACCUUUGGAAAGUUGAGAGAAAAACCAAGAGUGUGUGUUAACCUGGAAUCCAAUUGAGAAUGGAACAUGCUUGGUAUACUAUCAGAUGAAGAAUUUAAGGAGAGUGUCUAUCUUGUUCUCCUUGGCAACUGAGUCUGCUCUGAGAACGGUCAGGCACCAUGGGGAAGCGGGAUAACCGGGUGGCCUACAUGAAUCCUAUAGCAAUGGCCAGGUGGAGGGGCCCAACUCAGUCUGCAGGCCCAACAAUACAAGAUUAUCUGAAUCGACCAAGGCCCACCUGGGAAGAAGUAAAGAAACAAUUAGAAAAAAAGAAAGGCUCGAAGGCCUUAGCUGAAUUUGAAGAAAAAAUGAAUGAAAGUUGGAAGAAAGAGCUUGAAAAAAGCAGAGAGAAAUUAUUAAGUGGAAGUGAGAGCUCAUCCAAAAAGAGAGAAAAAAAGAAAAAGAAAAAGAAGAAAUCUUGUCGGUUGUUAUCUUCUUCAUCAAGUGCUGAUUCUUCAAGCAGUUCUUCAGAUUCAGAAAAUGAGGAAAAGAAACAAGGAAAAAAGAGAAAGAAAAAGAAGAACAGAUCACACAAAUCAUCAGAAUGCUCUACAUCUGAACCAGGAUCAGAGAGCAAGGAAUCUGUAAAAAAGAAAAAGAAGUCAAAGGUAGAAAUAGGGAAAGAAAAGUAUAUUAGAAGUCUCAGCAAAAAGAGAAAGAAGACUUAUCCUGAAGAUAAACCAUCAUCACCAGAGUCCUCAUUAGAAUCAGAUCAUGAAGAGGAGGUACAAGCCAAAAAGAAGAGAAAGCGUGAAGAGCAAGAAAAAGCAAUGGAAAAAGUAAAGAAGAAGAAAAAGAAACAGCACAAGAAACGUAGUAAAAAGAAGAAAAAGAAGUCUGGUUAAAGUCACAAGUCAGGAUAACAUCAAGAAAAAAAGCAAACCUUCAUAUAUUUUUUAAAAAUAGCAAAGUCUGAAGGAAACUUCAACUGUGAAAGUUAGGGCAUAUUUACCAAAAUGCAUGAGUUUCCCUGUGUUAGUAGAGUUAUCCCUGAACUUUGAGUUGCCAUUCAAAUGCCACUGUGCCAGAAAGGGCCAUACUUUUUGCCUGCAACUUAACUAUUGGGUUUUGUUUGUUUGUCUUUCCUCCCAGUGGUUAUUCCUAUGGGAGCUAAAACUCUGUUGUAAUACUAGUGGUUAUAACAUUUAGAAUGAAAGUAAAAUGUUUUAGAUAAUGAAUAAUCCUGACCAAAAAAGUGUGUCUAAGGUUAAAUAUAUCUAAUUUGUAUACAUCUUUAAAAUAUAAUCAGAACUAUCCUGACAAUAUAGUUAACAUUUUUGAAGCAAGGACUUAAUAUUGAUGUCUCAAAAUCCUUACUUUUGUAGAUGUUUAUUUUAUUUUACUGUUUUUUCUUCGAUAAAUUUUUGUUUACAUGGAGAAAGGGCUUACAGCAAGCAAUGGGGGAGUGUGUUUGCUACUCUGGCUAGCUGAAUAGUGUGCCUUUGAUCCUUAACAUCCUAUGUUUGCCAGUGCAGCAGCCAUUUUUUUCUUACUUAGUGAAGUUCUGGGAUGUUGUUGUAUGCUGCUUCAGGUGAACAAGAAAAUCAGCAAGUUACAGCAUAAGUAAGCCCCCCAAACUGUGACAUUUACCUCCAUUUUAGCACUAUUCACUAUAUAGUACUGAAUAAUAUUUAGCAUUAGGUUAUUACAUAGAUUGAAUUAACUUUGAUACCCACCAAAGGGGAAUCAUUUUAAACAGUUUCUGGUAUUUUUGCUUAGCAAAAUUCUGAAAUUUUUUUGCAUUUUUUAUACAGUUAAGUUUUAAUUAUCCAAUACUAUUCUUUAUAACCAAUGAUCCUUUUUUAAUAUGAUUUAUGCUUAGGAUAAGAAUUUCAAGUUUGUAGUUUCUUAAUCUUGCUAUAUUAAUUUCAUUACUCUGUGUUUAAUUGCACACUUGCCAAAACACUUAGCCUGUAAAAGAAGGUUUUUAAAAAAUAUUUAAUGCCUUCAUAUUGAAGCUGGUUUACUGUAAGCAAGUUGAGUGCCAGACCUCUAGUACGCUGUGUAUCUUGUUACAUAAAACUACUGCCAAAAUCUUAGUAUGUUAUUUAAAAAUUUCUUGUCUUAAGCAUUUAUAUUGAAUUAAAAUAGGAGUUAAAUUCAUGUGAUAAAGACAUUCUUUAUCUCCCUCUGUCCAUAUUUUACUAAGAUUUGGUGCCUUGUGUCUCUUCCUGUUUCAUGUUUACUACUAAUGUUAAAAAUUAGUUGAAAAACUUAUUUUUACUUUACAUUUUAUAUAUCAGAGUAACAAAUUAUAAAUUUAUGUCUUGAAAAUACCUAUUACAGAGGAUAUGCCAACUGUAAUGUCCUAGGUACAAAGUAUGUUGAUAUGAUGAGAGACUCAGUAGCUAUUUUUCAAUAGCUGAUUUAAUUUUGGCUUCCUUAAAUCACAAAAUUAUAAAGACAGAAAACAUCUAAUAGAUGAAUAACAAACAUAUUGGCUCUCAAAACUUUUCCAGUGACAAUACCAGAAUCUCUCAGUAAGUUUGUUGGAGCAUUAUAGUAAUGCCAUGUUAGGUUACCUUGGAGCUUCGUAACUUUAGCUCUUUCUUAAAAAUAUAUCUAUAUGUAUAUGCUGAUAAAAACUAUUACAUUUAAGGGAUAUUUUGUAUCCAUAUAGAGUUUUUCAAGAUUAUUGUUCAUUAAAAUGUUUUUUAAAAUCUUAUAUUAUUUGUAGAAUAUGGUAAAGACACCUACAGCUCAUCAUAUAUCUGUGUGCUCCCAUUCACUUUCCAUACCCUUGUAGUUAGGUGAUGCCAUUUGACUACUUCUAGCAGAGGGAUUGAAAACAGAAGUGCUGUGUCAUUUCCAUACUGGAGCAGUUAAAAGUCCUGCAAUGACCCUCCAGCUUUCUCUUUACCUGCCACCAUGAUCUGAAAGUAAUGACACCUACCUUCAGAUGGAUGCAACCUGUAUCUUUAUGUCCUUGUUUAGAAGCAUCCUGCCCUGGAAAGCUGAUGGACUUGCAGUGGACUUUUUUGAGAAUAAGAAAUAAAUAGUUAUG